AUGUUGGGAGGUGCUGGGCAGCAACGGGUCUUGGUGCUUUGCAUCCCGUGCAGCUGUGGAGCAGCUGCAAGGCUGCUGGUCAGUAUUUCCAUGUGGCUUGUGCCUCCACGGGGCUGUGGGUGCAUAUGGCAGGCAUGGUCAAACAGUGACUGUUGUGCUGCUGUUUUUUCCAAUGUCACAGGGAUUCCCAUGGGUCCAUCUGGGGCAUAGUGGAGCAGCGGUGAGUGCCAUGGUCUGGCAGAGGUGUUACCAUGUUCCAGGUCACCUUUGGCAGCACUGCCCUGUGCUGCAGUGUUGGGCAGGGUCUGUGCUUUGUGCUGGCUGAGCUCCUGCCCUCUGUCACUCACAGGGAGCCUCUGGAGCCCCCCAGCACCCCCGGGUGUGACCCUGGGAAGCUGCGGCUGAUGGAGGACGCGGAGGGCUGGCAGCCCCGCACCGGCACCUCGCAGUCCCGCUCCUUCCGCAGACUGGCCCAGCUGACGGGCACAGAUGAGAUGGAAGAUGGUGAGGAUGAGAUUGUUAAAAAGCCCAGACAGCCCCCGCAGCCUCUGGAGCCCCCCAGCACCCCCGGGUGCAGCCCCGGGAAGCUGCGGCUGAUGGAGGACGCUGAGGACUGGCAGCCCCGCACCGGCACCUCGCAGUCCCGCACCUUCCGCAAGCUGGCCCAGCUGACGGGCACAGACAGCAGCAGUGAGUCCCCAUAGGGCCUGGCACUGCCCCGGGGUGCUGGGCUCUCCCUGGGCUGCCAGGGCCCAGCAGAAUCUGGAGUGGCACUGGAGUGUUGGUUUUGGCCCCGUGUUAUCCCUGUGGGGUGGCUGAGUCAGGGGAGCUGGUGGGGCUCUGCGUGGUCUCGUGGUGGUGACACCGGUCUGGGGUCUUGGUCUGCCCUGUGGCUGGGCAGGGCUUUGUUUUGGGGCAGGGGUUGGUGGGAGGAGAGGUUGGUUUUCCUCCUUUCCCCCCUUUUCCCUCUUGUUGUGCCUGGGCCUCUGUCUGUGAGGACUGACUGUUUCCUCCUUUCUCUCCUGCUGCGCUCAGUGGAGGAUCAUGAUGAUGUGUUUGUUAGGAAGCCCAGGUAAGGGGAAUGUGUGGCAGCAGGAGCUGGGGGGCUGCACGUCCUGGGCAGAACCCCUUGGGUAUUGCUGCCCCUCAGCUGGGAAUGCUGAGCUGCGCCGUGGUGCCCCAGAAACGGUGGAUUGGGAGUGGCUGAUGGCACUGGCCAAAUCUCGCUGGGUUGUUGUGGUGUUUGGGCAGCAUCUGGACCUGGGGCACAGUGUCCUGCCAGCCUGGUGUGGGGCUGUGGGGCAGCCACGCUCGUGGAUGUCACCAGUUUGUCAGGGUUGUUCCUUGUUCUGUGCAGCCAGGCAGGGGGGUGGACAGCACCCCAUUUUUGCCUUCACCUCUCUGUGACACCUCCUGCCCUGGUGCUGUGGUCCUUGGGUACCAGCUGUGCCCAGUUUGCUCUGAUGCAAAUAAAAGUUGGGUUUGUUGCCAUCUCCUUUUUGAAUUUGUCUUGGAGAAGCACAGAGCCACUGGCUCUCCCUCUCUCCCUGUCCCCCUUCUUUCAUUGGGCUGUGCCUCUUUAGUCCUGGCUUGCCCUGCCUGUUCCCAGCGCUGCUGAGCUGGACCCUGGGGCUCCCUGCAUCAGGCCACAUCCAGGUCCCCCUGCACACCAAUGAGACUGGGGGUGAUCAUCACAUAUUAGUAGGCAGCCAAAGUCUGUGUGGUCCCUGGGGUCCCUGGUCAGUGUGGAGAAGCCCAGAACCUUCUCUCCUGCCUCUCCCCAGACCACCACAGUGGGUACCAGAGACCCUGGGGAUGCUGUGUCUUGGCUGGACUGAAGGCCCUUGGCUCAGUACCUCAUCACUAACCCAGUUACUGCUGGGCAUGGGGGCUUGGCCAGCUCCCUCCCGCUUGUUGGGGUGGGGAGCCCUGCCUGCACCCCCUGGGCAGUCACCAGCCAUCAGGGCAGGCUGG